CCAAAAUGGAGUAGCAUAUAUCCCUUGCUCUGCUAUCUCUGCCUUCUCGCAUCCCCAAAUAGCCAAUAAUCUUUUACGCACACUUUUCUUUUUUUUUUCCAAACUUGUUCUUCUGCACCAGCUGCGUUACUAUCUCAAGCAAAAACCACUCCGCGAAAGAGAUGAGCAACCGCUGUUCCCACACUUCCCAUAUCACCGCCAUCAUCAUCACCAGCUUCUUCCGCCACAAAUUCUGAACCCUUUUACCCCUUGUUUUUGUUUACCAACAUCUGUCACUGCAAAUGUCGGAUUCUUGAAUUCUGUAGUCUAUAACUUUGUUUUUUUGUUCUUGUCUGAAUGGGUGGCCGUGAUUUAUCUGUCGGCGGCGGCGCUCCUCUCAAUCUGAUGAAAUAUUGCGGCCAUGCUCGCCCUCUGGAUUCUGUGUUUGCGUCUGCUCCUUCAAAUUCGUUUCUUGGGCCGGGAGCGAUGGUGAGUUUUGGAGCUGUUGGCAGGGAUAAUGGAUCAGGAAACUCGUUCUAUCAAUCGUUUGAGAUGCAGGAGAACGGGGACGAAUACUUGGAUGACUAUUUUAGCCAACCGGAGAAGAAGAGGAGGCUCUCGGUGCAUCAAGUCCAGUUUCUCGAGAGAAGUUUUGACGUUGAGAACAAACUCGAGCCAGAGAGGAAACUUCAACUGGCAAACGAGCUUGGUCUGCAGCCUCGUCAGAUUGCAGUGUGGUUCCAGAACCGCAGGGCUCGUUGCAAGACAAAGCAUCUCGAAACAGAAUACGAGACGCUGCAUUCAAGCUACAAGACCUUGAAAAUGGACUAUGAUUACCUCCUUAAAGAAAAUGAGAAGCUAAAAGCUGAGGUGCUUCACCUCACACACGACGCGAUGGCUCAAGAUGUGGAGCACGUGAGCUCAGGAGAAUCGUACACUAAGGAACUAUCAGAAGCAAUGCCAACUUCUGCCAAUGAAGAGCAUAAAGGUUUUACGAAUGACGAGCAAAGCUCAACGAGAAGUGAUGCGGCCAAUGAAGACAGUCCCCGGUUGAGACAUCAUUCUCUGUUUGUCGAAUCAGCGUGCUUAUGUCUUUCCUAAGACCGAAGAUGUGUAUUGUCACCCUCACGCGACUUCCUGUGGCUAUGGAUUUUCUGUCGAAGAUCACGCCUUCAAUUUCUGGUAGUAUUAAGUUCUUGUCUACGAACUUUUUGACUCUUUAUGUAUAAGUCUUUUGAGUAUUUGGUAGUAAGUAAUAAGUGAGUGUUGUAACAAAUCCAGGCUCCCUCAGUCAAUAGUCAGGCCAUGUCUAAAUGGCUUUAUGUGAAGAUAUAGGUUUGUUUCAAGCUUUUGUUGUUCUAUGUAGUAUCAUGUUUUAGUUACUACUUCAGUGAAAAAUAUGUGAAUGAUGUUGAUUGCUUGUUUGAGUCA